AUGCAUCGUUCAUAUCUCUGUCAGGAAGAGGCGAAGUCUUGCGCUCUAUUCAUAGGCUCAUUUCGUCUUCGCAAUGUGAGCGUGCGGUUCAUGGAUAGCUACGAGGGUCGUCGUUGUGUGCUUUUCUUCAGCGAAGACGAUGGAGUUGUGGAGUCUCUGGUGAUCCCGUUCUCGCAUAUCCUCAAAAUUAUAUAUUCUCACCACGUUAAAGACUAUGAGACUCACUCACAUGGUAUAAGCAUAGAUCUGGAUCCAACUGCUUCCAUGAAGCUAGCUCUUGUUUAUGCUGAGGCGCUCAACGAUGAACAAAGGAAAAUUAUUUUCUACGAUCUAACACGGUUCGAUGAACCAAAAAUGACAGUAACAAUGCUUUUCGCCAUUGAUUAUAUGGAGUGCUCAUGCUACAAAAUACUUCAAAAAUGGGUUCGUCGAGGUAAUGAAGAAUGCGUGACGCGAGACUCACGAAACGGGCUAGUGACUCUGGAGGAGUUUCCUCAUGUAAUGUGGUGCUCGUAUCUGGUUGGAAUCGGUGUCAUAACAUCAAAAGCAUAUUCAAGGAAACUUUCUGCUGUUUACGAUAGCUUACUUGAGACUCGUCGUAAAAAGUCCGACAGUUAUGUUGCGCCUAUGGGUUACGUAAUCGCUAAGGAAGUUCCGUGCUACAGAUUCUCCCGCUCUAAACAUCUCUAUCAGGACGUCUUCGGCGUUCAUUACAUUCUAAAAAAUGAUCUCGAUACGGACGAGAAAAUCAUCAUAGACGAUGGUGACAUGAGAUACGUGAAAGAAGAAGCGCUCAAUGAUUCUGGCACAGGCGAAGUAGCUUCAAGAGAAGUUGGUGUGAACCGCAUAAGAGAAGAGGCGGCCGAUUAUAUAGAGAACAUUAUCAAAAUCGAACCGAUUGAAUAA